UCUCCGCCCCUGCUCCGCCCCCGCUCCGCGGGCCCUCUGCAGGUCACACAGGAACAUUAUGGCGCCUGGAGGAGAGUUAGCUUCGGGACCAGUCGUAGUAUAAAGGACCGGUUUUGACCCGGGAGAAUGAACCUCUGCGCCCAGUACCUGCGCCAGGCUGAGGCCCUGAAGGCUGACAUGACAGACUCCAAGCUGGGGGCAGCAGAGGUGUGGACGUCCCGCCAGGCGCUGCAGGACCUCUACCAGAAGAUGCUGGUGACGGACCUGGAGUACGCUCUGGACAAGAAGGUGGAGCAGGACCUGUGGAACCACGCCUUCAAGAACCAGAUCACCACGCUGCAGAGCCAGGCCAAGAACCGGGCCAACCCGAACCGCAGCGAGGUCCAGGCCAACCUGUCUCUGUUCCUGGAGGCCGCCAGCGGCUUCUACACCCAGCUGCUGCAGGAGCUCUGCACCGUCUUCAAUGUGGACCUGCCGUGCCGGGUCCGAUCGUCUCAGCUUGGCAUCAUCAGCAACCGGCAGGGCGGCGGUGGUGGCGCCAUCGUCACGCCGCAGCCCAGCUCCUGCUCCUACAUCUGCCAGCACUGCCUGGUCCACCUGGGAGACAUCGCUCGCUACCGGAACCAGACCAGCCAGGCGGAGUCGUACUACCGACACGCGGCCCAGCUGGUUCCGUCCAACGGUCAGCCCUACAACCAGCUGGCCAUCCUGGCCUCCUCCAAAGGCGAUCACCUCACCACCAUCUUCUACUACUGCCGCAGCAUCGCCGUCAAGUUCCCCUUCCCUGCUGCCUCCACCAACCUGCAGAAGGCUCUGUCCAAGGCCCUGGAGAGCCGCGACGACGUGAAAACCAAGUGGAGCGUUUCUGAUUUCAUCAAAGCCUUCAUCCGGUUCCACGGACACGUCUACCUGAGCAAGAGUCUGGACAAGCUGGACGCUCUGCGGGAGAAACUGGAGGAGCAGUUCCAGAGGUUGAUCCUGCAGAAAGCCUUCAGCUCCCAGCAGCUGGUCCACAUCACCGUCAUCAACCUGUUUGAGUUGCAUCACCUCAGAGACCUGACGGCCGACGGCGCCGAGCCGAGUGGCGCAGAGCAGCAGGUCAGCUGGUUCCAGCUGCUCGGACUCUUCAUGUCCUUCCUGGGUGUGAUGUGCGGCCGGAUUCUGCUCAAUAAGACCCGGGGGGAGGACAUCAUGGGGGAGUGUCCUCUGCCGGCCAUCAAGCUGUCUCUGGAUUGGCUGAAGCUGAGGACCAGCAUCUUCCAGGAAGCUGCCUCGUGUGAGUCCAGGUCCCCCGUCUGGCCUGGUUCCAUCCUCAACAGCUUCCAGCCCAGGGAGGAAGACCUGUCCUCUUCCUCAGCGCUGCCGCUGCCGGAGGAGUUUGAGCUGCAGGGCUUCCUGGCGCUGCGUCCGGCUCUGCGCUGCCUGGACUUCACCAAAGGUCACCAGGGCAUCCUGGUGGACCGGGACGGCCUGCCGGUCCACGCUCGCCACCAGCGCCUCGUCGCCCUGGGGAAGUGGGUCGCCGACAGCCAGCCGGGGCUGAUCCGGUGCCAGGUGAACGAGGACGGCCUGCUCCUCUUCCUCACCGACAUCCCGGAGGAGGCCAUCGAGGAGCCGCAGGAGAAGGAGGCCCCGGUGCUGCAGGAGUCGUCCAACGGCGAGCAGACGCUGAACGACGGCGGGAACUCGGGCCUGAAGUCGGUGCUGUCCGCCGGGAAGACCCAGAGCUCCUGGUCCGACGGCAACGAGCGGCCCGUCGUCACCUUCAAGGAGAACAUCAAGCCCAGGGAGCAGAGCCGGGAACCGGGCCGGAACCAGCCGCCAAAAGAGCUCAGCAAGGAGCGCCGCGACUUCCCCAAGGGCAACGGCACGGCCGCCGCCAAGAUGGAGCCCAAGAGGGACGGGAAGAGGAAGAGCGAGGCGAAGAAGGCCGCGCACGAGAAAGCAGCCGACAUCGGGAAGCAGGUGAAGGCUCAGACGGAGCUGAGAAAGACUCCGGUGUCAGAGGUCAAGAAGACUCCAGUCACACAGACCCAGACCACCGGAUCGUCCCAGUUCAUCCCCAUCCACCACCCUGGAGCCUUCCCACCGCUGCCCAGCAGACCCAGUUUCCCGCCCUCGGCCUACGUGAUCCCGCCCCCGGUGGCGUUCCCAGGAAUCCAGGUGAAUCCGGGCUUCACCUUCCCUGCCGGCGUGUCCGUCCCCGCUUCCUUCCUGCAGUCGGCCGUCCACCAGCAGGCCGGCGGCCAGGCCGGGAAGCAGUCCCACAUUCCCUACAGCCAGCAGAGGCCGUCGGGGCCGGGGGCCUCAGGCCAGGGGCCGGGGCCCCUGAGCCAGGUCCCCUCGGCCCAGCAGCAGCAGCCGUCCCCCCAGCAGGCCCUGCAGCAGUCGGUGCAGCUGCAGGUCCAGGCCCUCGGCCAGCAGCAGCAGCAAUCCCCCACCAAGCCGGGGCAGAUGGGCAAGAGUCCGCCGCACCACCCAGGGCUGCAGCAGUUCAUGCAGGUCCAGGACCAGCCGGCCGCCAUGUGGAGCCAGUCCCAGGCGGCGCUGCAGAAGCUUUCCCCGCUGCAGAUGUCCAUGAAGCAGCAGCAGCAGUUCUUCCUGGGGGCCCCGGACGCCCUGAAGCUGUACGAACAGCAGCUGCCGGGCCCCCAGCCUCACAUCUCCAACAUGGACAAGAAGAUGAAGUUCCCCGACGUUAAGAUGCAGGACUUCUACUGGGAGCCGGGGUACUGCAUGGACCGGAUGGGGGAGGGGCUGGCCCUGAUGGCGGAGCGCAUGAAGAGGGCCCCGCCUGCUGGGAUGUGUGCAGAGCCGGAGGGGCCCGCGGGGCCCCGUGGACCUGCAUUCGAGGACAAGAGCUCGCCCUUCCUCCCUCCUGACCUGUUAAAAACUCUAGCAGACCUGGAGGAGGACGAGGAGCUGAUCUUUGCUAAGCCUCCUGAUUUCUUCCAGGCCCUGGCCGGCCCUCUUAGCUCUGCUCCCGGACCAAAUAUCUUUCUGCCCAGCCAGAGCAGGAUGGAGAGCAGCCAGGAGGCCGUCAGCCAGCCGUCCUCUCUGCUGCCCAUCGCCGGCUUCCCCAUGCAGGAUUUCACCCAGAACAGCAUCUUCAGUCAGGCGUACGGUAAAAACCUGCCGCCCAGCUCCAAGGCCGACGCUCCCAUGAUGCAACAGGAGCCCUCCCUGUACUCCCUGUUCGAGGGAAACCCCUGGUCCCCCUCCCUCCCUGCCAGCUCAGACCACUCCACCCCGGCCAGCCAAUCCCCUCACUCCUCCAACCCCAGCAGCCUGCCCUCCUCCCCCCCCACCCACAACCACGGAGCCGCGUCCUUCUCCAACUUCGGGCCCAUAGGCACUCCGGACAGCCGGGACCGGCGGGUCGUGGACCGAUGGAAAGCCGAGAAACCGGGGACCGGCUUCGGCCUGGACUUCCUCCCAGCUGCUGCCUCCGCCGUGGCGCCCGACUCCAGCUGGCACCAGGCCGGCUCGGCGGGGAGCUCCUGGACCAAUCAGGAGUCUCCCAUGGAGGAGUCGUCCUCCACCGUGCUGCUGGACAGCCUGAAGUCCAUCUGGUCCAGCUCCAUGAUGCAGCCCGGCCCGUCGGCGCUGGAGCAGCUCCUCCUGCAGCAGAAGCAGAAGCUGCAGCGAGGUCACGGCGCCAUGAACCCGCCGCACUGAAGGGCAGCGCGAGGCGGCGCUUUUGUCUGGACGAACCACCAGGAGGAACGGAGAGAACCAAACACACAAAAAAUUAAAGCGGCGAGGAGCGGUGGAGGCUGGGGAGGCGACGCGACGCGACCCCCCGACGAGGCUCAAUCACCACCCCACCCCUCUCGGCUGUUCGAGGAGCGGUGGCGCCCGCAUCGGAGGGCGACCGCGGUGCCACGCCGCCGCCGGCUUCCUUCGACCGGCGGGAACCUGAACUUUGAGGAACCCCCCCUGCAACACCUCGGACCCCCUGAUUCAGACGGACGCCCCCCCUCACCCAGAAAUCUGGUUUCUUCUUGGGAAAACGGCUGGAGCUCCUGGACGUCUGCUUGGUCCUGAGGCAGACGGGGGGCGAGGGCGGCCUGGUGUUCUGGUUUAAGGGGAGGCCAGGUGGAGCGCCGGGGGCGGCAACCAGACUGGACUUUCUGACUCUCCUUUCAUUUUCAUUGGAGUGACGGAGGAAGAGGAGGAGGAGGAGGAGGAAGGCUCUUUAAAUACCUACUGAUUAUAUAUGGGUGUAGCUGCUCUGUGGGGGCUGGUGGGCUGAACCAGGGUUCACACACCUGACUGCGGCGCAGUGGGCGGGGCUUAGCGCGGCCCAGUAGUGUUACUGUUAGCUUACAGAGAUUCCAGAUAAUAACUGAAAAAGAAAAAACUGUAUUUUGUGAUUUGUUUGUAGCAGUUUUAGCUUCUCACCCUCCAGGUGAACGGCGUCAUCCGUUAGCUUCCUGCUUGAAUACUUCCGGGGUUUCCUGCCUCUACCUGACGAAGAAAAAAUACUCCAGGUGUGACCUGCUUGCUUACUGAACCUGCAUCUGCUCCUUUACUUUCUGUUCCUGUUCUGCCUCGUUUUAGUAGCAGCUGCUGUGAGUCCGGUCCGCCGGGCCGCCGGUCCGCCGGUCCACCGGGCCGCCGGUCCACCGGUCCACCGGGCCGCAGCGUCUCGCUGACCACCAAAAACACAAAAGCUUCAGUCAGGCUGCUUUAGAAAAGAGGAGGAAAUUAAUCGCAUGAUGUGAACAAAAUGGUUUGAAAAGCUUCCCUGAUCAGAUCCUGUUGGAGUUUAUUAGAAAGUUUCCCAAAACCAGGAGAUUCAUGUUUCAGCUAGAAACUCGGUUUAGAUCCAGGAAGAUCCAGAAUCGUAAAACAUCAACAGUUUUUGUCCUGAUUAGACGAUCCAUGUUUUAAUAUCUUCAGCCUGUGAGCUCAACAGCGACAUCUGGUGGACAGAGAUGAACUCUGCAGCUGCAGUCAGUGUGAUUUUAACGCAGUCAGUCAGGAUUGCUGCUUGUUCUGGUUCUGGUUCUGGAUCCUUGGAGAAACGUUUCUAAGUAGGAUGAAGCUCUGAGACGCCAGCAGGAUAAAAAACCUAAAAGCUUUCAGACGUCUGCAGCUGUUAUCGUUUAAACAUCACUCUUUAUUUAACUGUUACAGUAUUGUAAAUAUUCAGUUAUGAAAAAAUGAGGUGCAGUUUUUGUCACGUGACUUUUCGUUUGAAAAUAUCUAAAAAAUAAUCAGAUGAUCAGACGGUUCUGAAAGCUCAGCGGAUCAUUAAUUAUUGAUCUGCUGAGUCUUUUUAUUGAAGUGAUUCUUUCAGUCUGAACAGUUCCAGGAACCAUCAGGAAUAAUGUUUGAUCAGUUUGUUUUCUGCUCGCUUCGUUUUAAAGUCCAGCUGAAAUCACCUGGACUUUAGGUUUUAAUCUGAAGUCCUGAAAGUUCUGCAGUUCAAGGCUCGGUUCAUCCAGUCAGAGCGGACCCGGUUGGAUCCAGUUGGACCCGGUUCAGACCAGCGUUCAGCUACUCUCUUGGAAACAAACCUUGGGAGGUUUUCUUCAGACUUUCUGUGAUCGUGCUUUUCAUGUUGCUUCCUCUGAAGACGAGCCGACCUGAGGACGAAGGCCGUCAGAGGAACGGGUCCAGAACUGGUUCUGGACCCGUUGGGCUGGAACGUCAGCCUGCUGUUCUGGUUCAGGUCUGACCUUUGACUUCUUGUGUUUGCCUCUGUAGACCUUCAGAUUUGCUGGAAUUAGCCUUUAAAUAAAUGUCGACUGUGUUUUCCCUCGA